AUGGCCGACUUGCACGCUUCCCGCGUUGCGAUGCAAGGGAUGCGAGUUUUCAGCCAGGCGAAGAAAGCAGCAAUGUACGACUAUGUUCUCCACCACGCGGUUAACCUGGCGUGUGACCGAGGCGGCUACACGGUGCUGAAACAAAUCAUAAACGACUGGUGCGCCUUAGGCCACUUUUUCUACAGAGACCAGCUCUUGUACAUAGUCGCGCUAAACGCUCUCCGCUUAAGCUACGAUCCUCAUGGGAACUACGUGGUCCAACACGUGCUUCGACUCAAUGACUUGCGUUGCACGCAUAACGUUUCAGUUAACCUCAGUGGCCAUUGCUUUGGCCUCUCGUUUACGAAGUUGGGAAGCUACUUCGUGGGGAAGCUUUUGGAUACUGAGGAGGCGGGAGAAGUUGUGGUGGGAGAGUUUUUGUGGUGUUAUGGAGAGAGCUUGGUGCAGCUGGCAAGGAGUGAGUUCGGGAGUUUCGUGGUGUGGAAGGCACUGAGAGUGAUGCAGGAGAGGAAUGGGGAUUUGUUUUGGCGUUUGGUGAAUAAGCUCAUGCCCUUUAUUCAGCUCUUGCGUGGACACAGAAUUGGAACAUUCCUGGACUCGCUUUGUUAG